AUGCACACCGGCCAUGUGAUCUCUCCGGAGCUGAUGAAGGAGGACAUUCGGCUCAUGAAGGAGAACAACAUGAACGCCGUGCGGAAUGCGCACUACCCGAACGACCCGCUCUGGUACGAACUCUGUGACGAGUUCGGACUGUACGUGGUGGACGAGGCGAACAUUGAGAGCCAUGGCAUGGGCUUCUUGCAAAACGAAACGCUAGCAGGUAAGUCUGAGUGGACCCUCGCGCACAUGGCAAGGAUGCAGCGAAUGGUCGAACGAGAUAAAAACCACCCGUCGAUCAUUAUCUGGUCGCUUGGAAACGAGGCGGGCAAUGGCAUGAAUUUUCACUUGACGUACAACUGGACUAAACAGAGAGAUCCUACACGGCCCGUGCAGUAUGAGAACGCACGAAUCGAACCGGGAUGGAGCACGGAUAACCUCGAAGCCAUCGAUCACAACACUGACAUUUACGUUCCCAUGUACCCGAGCCAGGAGAAGCUGCGCAAGUAUGGCGAGCUGUACGAGAAUGAUACCAGCGCUCUUCCGCUGAUCAUGUGCGAGUAUGCGCAUGCGAUGGGAAAUUCUCUCGGAGGUUUCAAGGAGUACUGGGACGCCAUAAACUCCUAUGGUGUUGUGCAAGGUGGGUUCAUCUGGGACUGGGUUGACCAGGGGAUACUCACUAUCAUCAACGGCACGCAGGUGUUCGCGUACGGCGGCGACUUUGGACCCCCAGACACGCCGACAGACUACAACUUCAAUCUCAAUGGCCUAAUGCACCCCAACAGGCGCCCCAAUCCGCACCUGCACGAGGCCAAGCGCCUCUACCAGCCGGUGGGCUUCGCAGCCGCGGACCCCUCCGCGGGUCGGCUGCGCGUGACGAACCUCUUCAGCUUCGUCAGCCUGGGCCACCUCGCCUUCUCCUGGAAUCUGACCGCCGACGGGGUCAGAGUCGCGGGAGGAGGCCUGGAGCGCCUGGAGACGGCGCCCGGGGCCUCGGCGGACGUCUCCGUACCCCUGCCGCCGCGCCCGUGGGAGGCGAUGUGCUGCUGGCCGAACGGGCGGGCGCGCCGGGCGGCCGUGGAGUACCACCUCACCGUGGCGGCGGAAGAGCGAGGGGGGCGCGGAGGUCGCCUGGGCGCAGUGGCAGCUGGACUCCCAGGACCAGAGGCCGCUGCGCCGGCCGCCGCGGCCACCGAGGGCGGCAAGAAGGCAAAGGCGCGCAAGAAGGCCGCCCUCGCGGCGCCGAGGCGAGCGAAGAGGAGGCCAGAAGGCGCCCCGCCGGGCGGCGCCAGGGCGGGCGGGCUCCCGAGGGACCCCGGCGCAGAGGCGGACGCCACGGCGGCGUCUGCACCGCGCCCCGGAGGCUUCGCCGGCGACCCGGAGAAGCGCCGCAAGGCCGAGGCGGCCAUCUUCGAGGACCUCGGCCUGGACGCCGCCGCCCUCGGCGGCGCGGAGGAGCCCGAGUCGAGCGCCGAGGAGGGCCAGGAGGACCAGGCCUCGGGCGCGCCGGCGCCCGCGGCGGGCCGCCGGCGCGGCGGCGAGCUCGGCUUCGGCGACCUGCUGGAGGACAUAUUCGGAGGACUCGCGGCCGGUGGACGCCCGCGCAAGAAGGCGAGGCGCGGAGCGGCGGCGUGA